AUGCGUCCGAUCGGCUGGUUGCUGUUUUUCUUAAAAACAGUUUUUGCUGGGCAACCCUGCCAGGACGGCGGCUUGGAAUUUUUUGAGAGCUUCAACACCUCGUCGUGCAUCUACUUUGAGUACGAAGCGCUAAACUACAACGAUGCCAAAAACUCAUGCCUAUCCCGGGGACUCGAUUUGAUCCAAUUUCGGGACGUGAGCACGAGCAUGUUCGUGAAUUCGUUUAUUCCGGACAAUAAUCAAGACGAGCCGUGGUACAUUGGUGUAGAGCGGAAUCGCGACGGCGUCUGGGUGUAUGCGGAUAACACAACGCUGCAGUACACGAACUGGGCAGCCGAUGCCACGGAUGAGGUGAUACGGUACGAAUGCGUGACGAUGAAGCUGGGAGAUGGAUUCUGGAGGCCGAGUGAUUGCGAAACGCCUCGACGACAUAUUUGCCAGGGUGGAAAGGAUUCAUGCCCGCCGGAAUGGCACUACUUUCAGGAGACGCAAACAUGCCUCUAUUUUUCGAAUUUCACCCUACGCCCCGAUGGUGACAUAAAGCUCUUUAUGCCAGAGCAAGCCGCGGAGGCCUGUGCCGAAAAAGAUGGGCAGCUCGCAAAUAUUUUCGAAGGGUUCGCAGAAGUAUUAUGGAAAGUAAAAUUCCAAGCGGAAAUCAAGGCCGACGAAAAAUUUGUAUCCGAGCAUGGUGCGGCUUACAAUUUCACCUGCGAAUUGUACGCCUCGAUGUGGCUGCGUUUUUAUGAAGGUGGCGAGGUCCCAUCACCGGCCAAACAUAGCCGGCCACAUUACGCACGGAUUAACCAAGACUCCGAUUGCGAAAAAUAUUCCCACUUCGUCGACCAGAAUAUUACCGUCACCUUUCCACGCUACAUUUGCGAACGUGCGAUGCGAUUUUCGGAGCCACUUUAU